AUGAUUAAUACAAUUGAAGAUACAACGCGUUCAAAUCCAGAACGAUUAAAAUAUAAAAUCUUUAAUUUUAUCAAACCGAGUGGGAAAAUGUUUACUCUAGAUAUUAAUGAGCGAAAACAGAAGUUUUCAGUACCAGAUUUAAUACAAGUAGCUGAAUUAGAUAUGAGAGUUAAAAAAAAUAUAGAGCAAAUUACCUAUACAUACGAAGAGUUCUAUACAAGCUAUUUUCGUUCAUUCUCAAUUGAUCUUGAUUUAACAAUUCCUAUUCCUAUUCCAAGCCCUGAACCUGGUAUGCCUUUGCUUCCACUGAUAACACCAUCAUUCGGUUACCAUAACACAUUGAAAACUGCUUAUGACUUCAUAACGAAAACGUCGGCAGCAGUAGGCAUAGCUACAGAUUGGUGGGGAAUGUAUACAAUACAUUUGGGACCAACAUUUUUGCUGACGUUUGACGAUGCAUUUAACAAAACGUUAGUUAAACUUGUUUCUAAUCCAACAACUGAAAACGAUCAAUCAUACUACAACCAACUCGUUGCUACAUUCGGUACACACUAUAUUUCGUCAGUUAUCGUUGGAGCAUCAGUUGAUAUUUACACAUAUAUAUCACAAAACUAUCAUAGUCAGUACGAUUCUAGUUCAUUAUCACAAGCAAUUUCACUAGGUGUUGGAGUUUCAAUUUUUGAUGCUUUUUCAUUCAAGAGGAAGAAAGGUAAUGGACAAACAAGUGGAAGCAUAACAGAAAUUAAUGUUAAUCUUGGGCUUUUUGAUGAUAUUGCUGGUCUGCAUGGUACAUUCAGUUGGGGUUCGAGUGAUACUCGAUUAAGUAAAGAUUUCAAAAAAAAUUCAGCCUUUGAAUGGAAAUUUUUACCGUCUGUGAAUAUCACCUCUGACAUUGAUGAAAACAUAAUGAAAGUAUGGUUAGAGCGUGCAUCAAAAAAACCUACUGUAAUUAAUCGUACGUUAUCAUCCAUUGUGAAUCUAUUAAGUGAUUAUCCAUCUCCGAUUCGUGGUCAUUUACAGUCAACAAUUGACUUUUAUCUAAAGCAUGCUCAUCUGCCAAAACUUGAAGAGCUGAAACAGAAAACAAAAACAACUCGCUCGAAACGUGCAUCGGCUGCUACUAGUAAAAGUAUACCAGGUUUGGAUGUUGUUGGCUGUGGUUUUGAUAUAUUCAAAAUGGAAAGUAGAAACUGUUUGCUAGAUCUAAGUGACCAAGAGAAUACUAGCUUAUGUUCACAAACUGAAACAUAUAAUUUGAAAGUUGACACGACUUUUAGAAACUACAGCGUAUCCACUUUUAAACUUGUCGGUGGUGACACUGGUCUUAUUGAUAAUUUUGACCAGCAGACAUGGCUAUUGACUGUGAAAGACCGACCGAACCCUGUAACAUAUCAGUUAGUGCCGAUCUACGAUUUACUCCCUGACGGUCCACAACGCACUGCACUUCGAAACGCCAGCCUUUAUUUUCGUUCAGCUGCUGAUAGGGAAGCCAAUCUCUACAUCCAGCGCUUACAGAAUACGCCAAUCAAACCAUCAUUACCACAAUUGGAUUGCUCACCAAUGUCACAACGAAAAAAACGAAAUAUUGCCACCACAACAGAAUCACUAUUUGAUUUAACAAAAGCCAUGGAAGAACUGUGUCCAGUUGUUGGUUUCUACGGGAAUUAUUGUCUGGGUCGAUCGAAAAAUGUAACUGAUCGACAGUUGUUAUCAAAGGCUGCAUCAUCAAUUUCUGAUUUACCGCGCGGUGUUGGUAUCGCGAUUGAUAUUUCUACUGGAAAAUUGUAUCUACCAGCAUUUGAAACAUCAAAAACCAAUAGCUCUAUUUGGACAGAUCCUAUUUCCAGACAAAGUUUACGGGUACCACCUGAAAUUCAACUGACAACUGCAAGUGAAAUGAAAAAUGAUGAAGUUACUAUUCGUAUCUUCCGUACAGAAAAUGAAAUGACUGAUGUAUGGUUACGUAAUGCUGAAGCUGGUUAUUGGACAGGAGGCCAAUUCGCCUAUUCAAGAAAUAUUUCUGAUUUAUACAAUGCAUAUUUUGCCGAAAAUCAAGGAACAGCAGUCGCACAACAAUUGCUCCCAUUAUAUACAUUAACAAUGAAAAAAGGAAUGAUGAAGCUGAAUCAGUAUGCGCAAGCAGCUAUCAAUCACUUAACGCCAGCCUAUAACGAAGACCUAUAUCGUCGUUUUAUUGACGCAUGGGGUACUCAUAUCACCAUAUCAACACAGCUAGGUUCAUUGAAAGAAUUGCAAAUUAUAUUUCGAAAUUGUAUGAUUGCUUCUGAAGCUGAAUUAUCGUAUAUGAAUAGUAAACAGCAAUCAUUUCUUGAAGAAAAUUUGAAAGAAGAACUCUUGAACGAGAAACCUUGUCUCGAUUAUUAUUAUUACAAAAGGCGUAAAGUUGUCGUCAAUCGUCGUCUUGGCGGAAAUUUAGCGCUAAUAAAUGACACAACUGAAUGGAAAAAGUCUGUUAUACUGGAUCCAGCUUUAUUAUCUGUCAUUCAAUAUACACCUUGGUACGAAUUUGUGUCAAACUCACAAAUUAAAGCAAAUUUGAAAUUGGCUAUUCAACGGCGAAUAUCUGCUGCGAAUGCAAAGAGCCAAGCACUGGCAAUGCAAGUUCAGAAUACUAGAGCACGCAUGAAUCUUACCACACAACUACUUAUUUUAAAAAAAGAGUGGGAACCGAGUGCUACAGAGUUCAUAUUAAACGGAACUGAAAUAUGUCCAACAGGUUUAAGCAAUGCAGUUUUAGCACAGAAAUGUGGAGUUGGAACGAUGAUUAAAGCUUGUGCCAGAAACCCCACCGACGAUGGCUAUACUCUGACAAAUCAGGUACCUGCUUGCUACGAACGAAAUACAACAACUGGUGCAUUUCGUUUAGCAGCACGUCGCCAGUAUGCUGUGUCGACUAACAGAACACGAACAAAAUAUGAAAACAUAGAUAUCGCAGGUGAAUGGAAACACAGUGGUUGUUCUUCAAUUUAUGCUGGUCAGUGUUAUGAUAGUUCAAACCCGUCGAACGUCAAUGUGGUAUUCAUGUGUUCUGGUUGUGAUGUUCAAUUCAAAGAAAAUGGAUGGAUAUGUACAUGUCCGAUUUAUCCAUCUGACGAAGCUUGGGAACCCUACUGCUAA